UUGAUUCAAAAGAUUCGAGUCACGGAGAUGAAUCAAACCCCAGACUAUUAGACUGGAGCUUCGAUUACAUUAAGGCAAAUAUGAAGUGCUGACUGCACACAGCUGUGCUCGGUGCAAGGCAUCUGACAUUUCCGGGAGCUGCAAGUCUCUCUCUAUUGGCUGGAGUCGGCGGAUCCCCCAGCAAAUCCCUCCACUCGCGAAAAAGGCCAGACUUCAAAUGAUCUUUUAACGUCUGUCUGUGUUCCUCGCUCCUGCGCCCAUCUCUUUCUUUUUCGUCCUUCCGCCAAGAACCUACUAGAUUUCACCUCCUAUACAGCACAAAGGUGAAGUGAAAGGCAGGUGCUGUGUGCUGUCUCUCUCUCUCUCUCUCUCUCACUCUUCAUCUCUGUCUCGGUGAGUGCUACACAUGGCUUCCUCACUCCUGACCCGCCAGCUGGCCAUCUCCCUUCAGCAAAACCUGCGACUCGCCGCUCCAGGUUCCAGAUAUGUCAGCAAAACUGCCACAAAGACAGUUUCAGAGUUUGAAUAUGACGCCCCAUCCAUGAAAACUGCUGUGCCAGGUCCAAAGUCCCAGGAGCUGCUGAGACAACUCGGAGAGAUUCAGAAUGUUGGAGCGAUUCAUUUCUUCUGCAACUAUGAGGAGAGCAGGGGAAACUACCUGGUGGACGUGGACGGCAACCGAAUGCUGGACGUGUACACACAAAUCUCCUCCAUCCCCAUCGGUUACAAUCAUCCAGCAUUAAUGAAAGUGAUGACCAAUCCAAAUAAUGUGAGUGCAUUUGUCAACCGGCCGGCGCUUGGUAUUCUGCCACCUGAGAACUUUCCAGACAAACUGAUCGAGAGCGUGCUGUCGAUUGCCCCUAGCGGGAUGACGCGAGUACAAACCAUGGCCUGUGGUUCCUGCUCCAAUGAGAAUGCUUUCAAGACCAUGUUUAUCUGGUACAGAAAUAAGGAGAGAGGAUAUGCCAACCCCUCUGAGCAGGAAGUCGGCACUUGCAUGAUCAACCAGAGUCCUGGAUGCCCAGAUUUGAGCAUCUUGUCUUUCAUGGGAGCUUUCCAUGGGAGAACUUUGGGUUGCCUGGCUACAACACAUUCCAAAGUCAUUCACAAGCUGGAUAUACCGUCCUUCGACUGGCCCAUCGCACCCUUCCCUAAACUGCAGUACCCUCUGGAGGAGUUUGUGAGGGAGAACGCCCAGGAAGAGGCCCGCUGCCUGGAGGAGGUUGAGGAUCUCAUCGUGAAGUGGAGGCAGAAGGGCAAACCAGUGGCUGGCAUUGUGAUCGAGCCCAUCCAGGCAGAGGGAGGGGACAACCACGCUUCACCUGACUUCUUCAUCAAACUGAGAAAUAUUGCACGCAAGCAUGGCUGUGCUUUCCACGUGGAUGAGGUGCAGACAGGUGGAGGAACAACAGGCAAGUUCUGGGCCCAUGAGCAUUGGGGCCUGGACGACCCUGCUGAUGUUGUCUCCUUCAGCAAGAAGCUGCUGACAGGAGGAUACUACCACAGGGAUGAACUGCAACCAGACAAACCCUACAGAAUCUUCAACACGUGGAUGGGAGACCCCUCAAAGAAUCUGUUCUUAUCAGAGGUGCUUAAUGUGAUCCGAAGAGAGAACCUUCUGGAGGAGGUGACGCGCUCAGGGAAGACUCUUCUACAGGGCCUUUACGCACUGCAGACCCAGUAUCCUCAUAUCCUGAGCAGAGCCCGCGGCCAGGGUACAUUCUGUGCCAUAGAUGCCUGCAAUGAUGCCACACGCGACAGUAUCAUGAUUAAAGCCAGGAACAAGGGUCUGUUUAUGGGUUCCUGUGGAGAAAAGACCAUCCGUUUCCGUCCCACUUUGGUCUUCAAGGAGUACCAUGUCCAUCAGCUCCUGAACAUCCUGAACGACGUCCUGGCUGAGCAUAAAUAGAGUUCUGGCUGCCAGGUCGGCCUUGAUUACGGAGCAUAUAGGGGUCCAAGCCCACUCAAGGGUUUAUAGCAGCCUGUCACAAUUAAUUGGUCACUGUCUCUCUCUCUCUUUUCAUUCACUCUCUUCCUGUCAUUACUAAUUAAGGAUAGAAAUCUGUUUUCUAUCUCUUUUUAUUUAGCCGACAGAUUUCAGCCCCAUCACCAUAUUUCUCGUCUUUUACUGACAGAUUGAAGAUCUGAAGGAGUUUGCAGGAAAUAACCCACUCAAAUUACACAUUUAAAUAAAUCCCUCCUGAUGACAUUUCAACUUUGUGAACUGUAAGGUCCUACAAGCCGCAAGUCAGUUGAAUAAAGCAAUAUAGUGACACACAGAGACAGGACAGGAUUUCUAAUCACAAUAUUUCAUAUAUCUCUUCAUGUAUCAAAUAAAGUCCUUAGCAUUUGGAAGGUGACAUGAAAAGAUUAACGAUCUAAUUAUGUAUGAUACCAAAACUACAGAAAAUAAGCUAUUGUCUGAUUGAUUAUAUCAUUUAUGGAGAUCAAAUCGAACUAUUUUAGUAUCUAUAGAUACUAAUAUCUGUAUUUGAAAUGUCUAAAGUGUGAAAUUUUGCAUGACGGAAGAUUUAAUUUACAGAGUACCUGAAUAUAACCGUCCUCUCUGAAUUAAAAGCAUGUGUGAAAGACAAAUGGUGGAAGCAGCGUUGGCCUCACUGCAUUCUGAGGCACUAGAGCGAGCCAAUGGAAAGCUGGAAAAAGUGAAAGUGCAGAGAACUGUAGAGCCUCUAUUCCCAUUUUAAUAAGACGUCUGUUGAGAUGAAAACCUUCAAGCAAUAAGCAAUUUCCUUUAUUGAGGUGGCUGCUUUACUGUCAUUGCUCAGUCAUAAAGAACCAUUGCCAUUACUGAGACACUUUUAAAGCACAACCUGGUGUGGUAAUGUGAGGGCUGAUAUUUUCUACAAUCUAACAGAAUUAAUAUGGUGAACGAAAGGCCAUAAAUCUGUAUUUUUCAAAGCCAAACAUCCACCUAACAAUAGUAAUCUGUCAGGAAGCAUGUUUGAAAAGCACAAGCUUGUUGAGGCCGCUCCUCUACUCAGGUGAACAUGAUCCCCUCGUGUUUCUCAUUACAGGCAAGAAAAAAAAGGUAUAUUGUUCUGCUGGAUAACAACUACAAGGUCAUCUUCACUUAAUGGUUAUCACAGCCUGUAAACGUUUCUGAUCUUUGGGGUGAUUCUCCUCUUCCAGUUGCUCCGAGCCGACAGAGUAAACGUCCCUUCCGCUUGAUUAAAACAAACCGUCUUUUCCUUUUUAAACACUUAAACCCCAGUAUGUAGCUACUUACUGUAGUGAGAUUAUGCAAUGCUCAUUCUGUAAGUUUUGUCUGUGAACACUAAAAUGUUUCCAGCCGCAUCGGAAUCAAGUUUCUUAUUUAACUGACAUUAACGCAUCAAAUAUUAAUAUGUACGAAAUCAAACCCUCUCUAACACGGUGUUAUUCUUUCGUGAUUUUGUGUCCCAUAUGUUAGUGUAAUGUAGAAAUGCAAUUCAUGUUGUUUUGGGUGUCUUUAAACGUUCCUUUUAAUGUUGCGAGCAGGCAGCGUGCAUAGCAGCAAUCGGAGUUGUGAAAGCUCUGUCUGUACUCGGCAAAGUCAGUAUUUAAUUGAGAAAUGUGUAUUAUUUACAGACACUAACAAUUAGGUCUAUAUAAAAAAUGCAGAUGUUUACAGUUGUGUUGUACAAAUACAAAGAAAUUGAUGUGAUUUCUACAUAAAAUCUAAAUGUUGUCUGAGGAAGCUAUAAAAUAAAUGUUAAAAUAAAUCUGACAUUUUGAUUAAUC